UGUAAUAAAAGGUAGUUUAACCUUUUAUCUAUACUUCAAGUCGAAAUCGUUUGCGGCAUUGAAAAGUUUCUAAACCCCUAACCUACUUGACUUCCUACGAUUAAACCACGAUCGCCAUAUAAAUUGAGACGCUAUCCUCCCUUCAAGCUAUCAUGGAGUCUUUAGAGGCUAUCCAGGCUCGGCAUCGCAAAGAACAGCGUGAACUACAAGCGCGAAUCACGAACAAGAAGAAGAAUGCGACCAAAAAGACGCGGAAGGGUGUCAACGAUGAAUGCGCCGAGCUUGAGAGACAAUUAAAAGGGAAACAGGAGCAAGAGAUCGCCGCGAUAAACGGGAAUGGCGACAAUGAGGGACGUGCAAUGGGCGAGAUAGAGGAACAAGAACAACAAGAAGCUUUGCAAGACCAAAAUCUCAACGGAGGCGCGACGAAUGGAAUAACAGAACAAUUAAAAGAUACAACCAUCUCCCCGCCACCAGAGUCUGACCCCGCGACACAACAACAGCAGCCCAAGAAGCGGAACCGCCAAAAAGAGCGAAUGGCGCGGAGGGCAGCAGAACAGGAAGCAGCCACCAUCGCCGCCGAACAAGAGGCAGCCAACAUGACAGACCACCGGAAAAUCGAGAAGACAUACCUGCUCAAAGAAUUCAAGGCCAACAAUCUAGUCGAGAAGGAGAUACAACCAGACGGGCACUGUCUAUUCUCCGCCAUAGCAGACCAGCUACAAACGCGAGACAUACCGCUCGGCCCAGACACAGAGACAAAAGGCAAGCCGGCGUAUAGAGUAGUACGGCAGGCAGCAACGGACUACAUGGAAGCGCACGCGGACGACUUUGCGCCGUUCUUGGAGGAGCCGCUAGAUACGUACGUGACGAAGAUCCGGGACACAGCGGAGUGGGGAGGGCAGCUUGAGUUAUCGGCGUUGGCGAACGCGUACGGGGUCGAGAUUAAGGUGCUACAAGACGGGCGGACGGAGACCAUCGAGCCGAGCACGGAUAAGGGAGGUGCGGAAAGGCAGAGGAUAUGGCUGGCGUAUUAUCGCCAUGGGUACGGACUUGGGGAGCAUUAUAAUUCGCUGCGGAAGGUGAAUUAGAAUAUUAGAAUAUUGGAAAAGAAAGACGUAGAAAAAUAAUAACUACCGAAGCUGAUAUAGAAGAGAACUUGGGACUCUAGACUAACAUCUCGUGAGAGUACGUGGCUACGGUAUACAUCCACCUCGGCGU